AUGGAAGAAGCGGAGAACGGCACCAGGAAGCGCGCCCCCGGCAAUGGCGUGAGGAAGCUAUCUCCUUCUCCGACUAGGGCCCCCAGUUCGGAACAGAGGAAUCCCUCGGCCUUGCCUCCGCCGCCGCGCGUCCCUAGGUGGCUGAUCCUCGACCGCAUCGUCCACCGCAGCAGCAGGAGGCGCUGCGGGGUCGUCGAAGACGACGCCACGGCCUCGGCGCUCGCCCACGACUGCGCCGGCCGCCCCGUCCGCGCCUCCCUCAGGAUCGCCGACCCUCCCGCGGUCUCCCGUCUCUACCUCCACCUGACGGGCAGGCCGGGGAUCAGCUUCCGGGAGCCCACCGCCAUCGCAGCCCACCGCAAUUCCAUUCUAUUCCGGUUGACUGUCCCCUUCGAGGAUCCUACGUGGUGGCACGACAGCUACUCCUUCCCCAUCGACUACUUCGUCUACUCCUGCCGCUCCUCUUCGCCGCCUUCACUGACUCUGCUUCCCCCCUGCUUCGACGGUGGCCACAUCAACCCCCAGCUUGAUAAGUUCUGCAAACCACAUCGGCAGCAGCGACAGCGCAGCAUGUUGCCCGAAGAUAUGGGUAUCCUCUGCCAUGGCGACGAAGGCGAGUUCACGGUGGCACAACUCAUGUUUUCCGAGCGCUAUGAGAUUGAGCUAUGCCUGCUGCACAAUCCACCUCCUGCAGGAUCUUCAAUGGAAUGGAAUGUUAAGAAGGUGCAGAUCCCUCCUGACACGAAGAUAAACACCUACUUGUGGAUGACUGAUGCCGUCUUGCCCAUUGGUACAUGCCUGUGCUGGGUCGACAACUACCAGGGCAUGCUGCUCAUUGAUGUCCUCACUGACAGCAACAGCAACCCAGAUCAUCAGCAAUGGCUCCGUUACAUCCCUCUGCCUAAAAAGGCUUUGAAGUCUCAACGCCUGUACAAGGAUGCAGACGAACCUGACCCGUUGCGCUCUGUCCGUGUCACUGACACUGGCAUCAUUAAGCUCGUCUGUAUUCUUACCGAACAUGUUAUCUGCUUCCUGCUCAAGGACAAGGACCGUGGCCUUUUCUGGAUGAUUGAUGUCAACAUGAGGAACAAGAAGCUGCAGUCAAGCGCCCUCUAUAUCAGUGAAGAGGAAGAAGAAGAUGGAUACCCCCCUAAAAGGAGCCGCAGGAACAAUUUCUUUGGUCAAUACUAA